AGACGUUUAGAUUUGGCAAAGUGGACUAGUUCUAAGACUUCAGCAAUCCUUGGACAACAAACACGUGACAAGCUCUGGAUUAUCAAUACUCAAACUACAGAAACCAAUUCGCAAGGAAAUCAG